UUAGCUUUUAUCAACCCUCCAAUCCAUCACCAUGAGCGGAAAAGUGCCUGCUGACAAGAAGGAGGAUGUUUAUUAUUCACGGGGCUGGAUCGAGGACUGUUUCGAUGGCUUUAUGAAAGCUGACACAAACAAAAGCUGGAUUAUCACAUUCGAUGAGUUCAAGACGGGGUUGAAGAAGAAAAACAAAGACAUCACGGACAAGGAAAUAGAGGAGAUCUUCAAGUUCCUCGACUAUGACAAGAGCAAGGGAGUCACUCUGAAUGAGUGGAUACUUGCCGCCAUGGAAUACGAUGCGCAGGUGAAGAACUAUCAGAAUGCACUUGUCAUUUAGGCGUCAGUGGUUACUAUCAGUUAGCCAGUGAAAUGACUCAUGACUUAUUCUCUUACCUUCCGA